AGACUCAUGAAGACUUACUUUAAUAGGAUUCUUUGUCUCUGCCACUUUACUUUUGCUUUAAGAUUCCUCUGCAAUCCAGAAACACGAACACAGGAAGGAAGACACUUCAAGAGUUGUGGUUAUUGUGGUUGUGUUAGAUCGUUAAUGAAAAUGGAGCAAGGCAUGCAGCUGAUUGAUGGAAAUGGCAAGUUCAACGUGGAUGGACUCAAAGACUUCAUGACAGCCACCGAGUUCGCUCAGUCCGGUCUCUCCUAUGCUAUUGUUGCCAUCAUUGGCUCACAGAGUAGCGGGAAAAGCACCCUAAUGAAUCAGACCUUCCAUACCAAUUUCGAGGAGAUGGAUGCAUACAAGGGAAGAGGCCAAACAACCAAGGGCAUUUGGAUUGCAAAGUGUAGUGAUAUUGACCCUUUUACGAUUGCCAUGGAUUUCGAGGGAACGGACAGCAAUCAAAGAGGCGAGGAUGACACAGCGUUUGAGAAACAAAGCACCCUAUUUGCCUUGGCAAUCGCUGACGUUGUUUUGAUAAACAUGUGGUACAAAGACAUUGGUCUGGAACAUGCAGCCAGCAGACCCCUUUUAAAAACAGUUUUCCAGGUCAUGAAGCGUUUAUUCAAGCCCCGCAAAAAAACACUACUGUUUGUUAUACGUGAUCACUCAAAGACUCCACUUGAAUAUUUAAAGACUGCUCUCUUAGAAGAUAUUGAGAAGCAUUUUCUGAGGUCAUACUUUCUGCAGAUUUGGGCUGCUGUUGCUGAGCCUGAGACUCUCAGUAGUGCUUCUCUCAGAGAGUUUUUUAAUGUGGGGAUCACUGCUUUGCCUAGCUAUGAAUACCAAGAGGAGAAAUUUAAAGAGCAGGUUGCUCAACUGAGGCAGCGGUUUGUCCAUUCCAUUUAUCCAGGAGGUCUUGUUGGUGACAGGGAGGAAGUUGAACCUGCUUCAGGAUUUCCUCUUCGUGCAGAAGAGAUUUGGAAAAUAAUAAAAGACAACAGGGAUUUAGAUCUUCCUGCUGUCAAGGUCACGGUUGCCACUGUUCGAUGUGAAGAGAUUGCUGGUGAGAAGGUCAAAUGCUUUACAACCGACGAGGAUUGGUUGAAAAUGAAGGAAGCUGUUCAAGCUGGUCCAGUAUCAGGGUUUGGAGGAGCUGUCAGUUCUAUUUUGGAAACCUAUCUUUCAGAAUAUGACAGGGAGGUAGAGUAUUUUGAUCAAGAAGUACGAAAUGAAAAACGGCGACAGUUGCUGUCAAAGGCGUUGAUGGUGGUACGAGAUGCCUAUGAUACCAUGCUGAUGCAUUUGCAUUCGAACACAGUUAAAAGUUUUAAAACUAGCCUGGAACAGUCACAGAAUGUUGCUGCUAUUCAUCUCUGUUCCCAAUCUUGCAUGAGCAUGUUUGAUCAAGGAUGUGAAGAUGCUGCCAUUCAACAGAGUGAGUGGAAUGCUUCAAAAUUCCGCGAAAAACUUAUUUGUGAUAUGUUGUCAGAAAUGAUGGCAAAGUACAAGAAACAAAUAACGCGUGCGCUUGCCAAAAGAGUAGAAUCGUUAUUGGAAGCUGGUGAAAGAGAUACAUGGGCAUCAAUAGGAAAUCUUUUUGAGUGCAACACUGAGGCUGCUGUAUCAGAGUUUUCAGAUGCUGUUUUUAGUUUCGAUUUGCGUAGUUCUGCGAUCCGCACUAAAUUGCAACAUUUGAGGGAGCAUGCCAGAAAUUUAGUGGAGAUGAAGGCAAGAGAAGCAGCAGAUGCAGGAAGAGUUCUGAGGCGCAUGAAGGAUAGGUUUUCACAGGUCCUCAGUGAUUACGAAAACUCAAUGUCAUGGUAUAAUUGGACUGGGGAAAUAAACCUUGAUGAAAUUGAAAGGAACGCACUCUCAAAGUCUUUGAGAAUACUAUCAAUCAUGGCGGCCAUACGCUUCGAUGGAAUGCCUGAUCAGAUUGAGAAGGUACUCUAUUCCUCUCUUAUGGAUAGAACUGUUCCUGAUCCAUCUUCGCAAAAUACGUUCAUGGGAGCUAAACUGGACCCCCUUGCCUCAGACACAUGGGAAGAGGUUUCUCCAGAAGCUACCACUCUCCUUAAACCAGAGGACUGCAAAUCAUUGUGGAUGAAUUUCAUAGAAAAGAUAAAGCCUAUGAUGACCGGAGCUAGAUCCCGCCAGGUUGUUCCAUGUAGAUCUCCUCAUCUAAAUCACCAUGGAGAAAGGCAGUUUUCACAUCAAGUUGCUCAACUUCAAGAUUCAAACUAGCAGCUAAGCCAAGCACAACUCGGAUCGAAGACAUCUUGACCACUGGUGAAAAGAUUUCUUCAAAAUCAAUACCCUUUUUAUGACCGAAACCUUUCACAACCAAUCUUGCCUUGUACCUUGGCUGUGAGCAAUGCUCAUCAAUUUUCAACCUGAACACCCAUUUGUUCUUGAGUGCUCUCUUACCUUUAGGAAGCUUCACUAACUCAAAGGUAUGGUUUUCAUGCAAGGAUUUCAUCUCUUUUUGCAUUGCUUUCAACCACUCACUUUUCUUCUCAUGUGACAUAGCUUCAUCAAAGCAUUCUGGCUCUCCCCCAUCAGUAACCAGCACAUACUCAUGAGGAGAGUAUUUGGUGGAAGGUUGGCGAGGUCUAGUUGACCUCCUCAAUUGUGGCUCAUCUGGAGCUUCUUGCAUAACCUGUUCAGGAAUAACAUCAAUAUCAUCAUUAGCUGAUUCAGGAUCACCAACUAAUGGCUCAUUAAGAAAACCACCAUUUUCAUCAUUUUGCAAGUCUCCCCCAUGAUUAGCAGGCAUCAAAGGUAACUGUGGAGUAGGUGCUGGAUUUGAAUUAGAUGGAAUAAAAGUAGUAGACUCUGUUUUCUCCUUUAGUUCAAAGUCUUCAAUGGUUUGAUCUUCAAAGAAGAUAACAUCUCUGCUUCUCACAAUUUUCUUCUCCUUUGGAUCCCAUAACCUAUAACCAAACUCAUCAUCUUUAGAGCCCAAGAAAAUGCACUACUUUGUCCUGUUGUCAAGUUUAGACCUUUUAUCCCUUGAAACAUGUACAAAUACUCUGCAUCCAAACACUCUUAAGUGUGCAUAAGAAACAUCCCUUCCUUUCCAAACUCUAUCUGGAACAUCAAACUCAAGAGCAACUGAUGGAGAAAGGUUGAUCAUGGCAACUGCGGUCUUCAUUGCCUCACCCCAAAAGGACUUAGGCAGCUUUGCAUGAGAGAGCAUACAUCUAAUUCAUUCAACAAUUGUUCUGUUCAUUCUCUCAGCCACUCCAUUCUGCUGUGGAGUCUUAGGAAUGGUCUUCUCCAACUUGAUACCAUGUUCCCUGCAAUAUUUCUCAAAUGGACCCCUGUAUUCACCACUAUUGUCUGCUUGAACACAUUUCAGUUUUCUACCAGUUUCUCUUUCAACUCUGGCAUGGAAAUCCUUAAAGACAUCAAGCACCUGAUCUUUGGAUUUCAAACAAGUGGCCCAAAUCUUCCUGGAGUGAUCAUCAAUAAAACUAACAAAGUACAAUGCACCUCCAAGAGACUUAUCAAUCAUAGAGCAAACAUCAGUAUGAACUAAAUCAAGAACAUGUGACCUUCUAUGUGAAGGUGAUCUUUGAAAUGCAACUCUAUGUUGUUUACCAACUAAACAAUGAGUACAUGUGUUCAAGUUCAUACCUUUUAAUGGAAGGUAGUUCUUCUUGGCAAGGAUGCCAAGGCCUUUCUCACUCAAAUGUCCAAGCUGUUUAUGCCAUAGAUCAGUAGAGCAAUCUUUAAUUGCAUUCACCUUUCCUUUGAUCACCUUGUCUUGUGACAUGUAGAGACCCAUCUUCUUCCCUUUAGCAACAAUUAGGGAAUUUCUGGAGAGCUUCCAUUUACCAUCUCCAAAGUAACUGUGAUAGCCUUCUUCAUCAAGAGUACUAGUAGAGAUCAAAUGUAGGCGCAUAUCAGGCACAUGCCUAACAUCUUUGAGUAGCAACUUGCACCCAGUAUUGGUUUCCAACCAAAUAUCUCCAAUGCCCACAACACUAGCCAUCCCUUGAUUUCCCAUCCUAACUUGACCAAAGUCACCAGCAGUGUAGGAUGUGUAAAAAUCAUGUCGGGGUGUAACAUGGUAAGAAGCUGCUGAAUCUGCAACCCAAGUGGUAUCUUGACAUGCAAGAUUAACACAACUAUCAUCACACACAAUGGCAACAUCACCAUCAGAUACAACUGCAGCUGUACCAUUCUCUUCAUUCUUGUCUUCAUCUCUACCCUUUUUAUCUCUUUUAUACUUUCUGCAAUAUUUUUGCAUAUGCCCAGGCUUGUCACAAUAAUAACACUUAAAACUCUUCCUUGACUGAGAUCUUCCUCUUGGCUUCCAUUUACCUUUUCUAUUGCUGGAUUCUCCAUCUUGCUUGCAGUGAGAGAACUUGCUUUGACUUCUCCCUCAACUUUCUGUAACAAGUGCAUGAGACUCGAAAAUGCUUGUCUCUUUCCUCCUCUUCUCUUCAUUGAGGAUACAAUCCUUCACUGUUUUCAAAGUGAGCUUUCCAUUCGGAGUAGAAUUGCUAAGUGACACUACCAAAGUCUCCCAACUAUUUGGCAAUGAACUCAAUAGGAUUAAUGCUUGCAUUUCAUUGGCUAACUCAAGGUUCAUCAAUGACAGCUGAUUCAAGAACCCUUGGAAUACAUUUAUAUGCACUGAAGCAUCUUCACCAUCUCUAUACUUCAAAUUCACAAGGUCUCUAAUUAAAAAAACCUUGUUUUGUGCACUCUUCUUGGCAAAUGUUUCUUCCAACAUCUUCCAAACUUUAUAGCAAUCAUGUUCUUGAGAAAUAUAAUUAAUGGACUUAGAAAAUACCCAUUUUCUAACAUUAGCGGUAGCCUUUCUAUUUAGUCCAUUCCAUUUUGCAUCAUCCAUGUCAUCAGGCUUUAUUCCUUUACAUUCAAUCGGCAAAGCCAAAUCAUUGCAAUAUAAGUGAUCCUCCAUCAUUGUUUUCCAUAGAAAAUAAUUUGAGGAAGUGAGCUUUAUCAUACCCGAAUCUUCCUUUUCCAUUUUAACUGCACAAGAAUUCAAUCUACACAACCAAAUGCUCUGAUACCACUUUGUUGGGAAAACUAGGGACAACUAACCAGAUCAAUUCAGCGGAAUACAAUUCACAAUUCACAAGUCCCAAUCAUUUUCCCUCUUUGUGCAGUAAAAACAGAAUCAAACAAUGAACAAAUAUAAUGCAACAAUCACACAAAUCAACACCAAGAUUUUUACGUGGAAAACCCGAUGCGGGAAAAACCACGGGACCGGAGUCCACCUAAAAACUUCCACUAUCACAAAUAAUGGGUUCACAAUAGUUCUUCCUCAGAUUCAACUAAGGGCUACAACAUAUAUAUCAUCAAGAACAACUUAUUCUCGGAUUAUAACAAGAUUAAAGAGAGUAAUGUUAGAGAAAAGCUCACAACACUGACAGCCCUGUUUUCUGUCAAAACGACCAGCUUCCACACCACCAAUCUUCAAUCCAAUCGUUCAGAAUGAAGCGGAACGUGUCUAGAAGCUGCUGUCAAAAUCUCAGCCCGAUCCAACGGUGAACGAACUGGAAAUCGAAGAAAGAAGACAGACUGCUCUGCUGCCUCCUCUUCUUUCUUUCUCAUGUUUUUCUCCUCUGUUUUUGCUCUCUUUUAAUUCUAUUCUCUCUACUAUCUACAGUAGCCGACCAUUUUAUUUUAAUUCCAAGAGAGAGCAGUUGUCUCUUGACAAUUAAUGUGGUGGUCUCACCAUUACAUGGUGUGGGACCACACAACAGGACAUGUGUCGACCUAAUCUCCUUUAUGCAUGGUAUCGUUUAUCAAUA